AAGGUACAGUCUUCUCUCAGUCCUCCUAUAUUCUAAAUUACAUUUUCCUCUGCAAACUUCCAUCACUUUAACGAGAAAAUGAGAGAAAUCCUCCACAUCCAAGGUGGCCAAUGUGGCAAUCAAAUAGGAGCCAAGUUCUGGGAAGUCGUCUGCGCCGAACACGGCAUCGACUCAACGGGUCUAUACCACGGCGACUCGGAGAUCCAGCUGGAGCGCAUCAACGUCUACUAUAACGAAGCCAGUUGUGGCCGAUUUGUUCCCCGCGCCGUCUUAAUGGAUCUAGAACCCGGUACUAUGGAUAGUGUAAGAUCCGGUCCGUACGGACAAAUUUUCCGUCCCGAUAACUUCGUUUUCGGACAAUCCGGAGCCGGAAACAACUGGGCUAAGGGACAUUACACUGAAGGAGCCGAGCUUAUCGAUUCCGUUCUCGACGUCGUCAGAAAAGAAGCCGAGAACUGUGAUUGCUUGCAAGGGUUUCAGGUAUGCCAUUCCUUGGGAGGAGGAACGGGUUCCGGAAUGGGAACGUUGUUGAUAUCUAAGAUAAGGGAGGAGUACCCGGACCGAAUGAUGCUUACAUUUUCAGUGUUCCCAUCUCCCAAGGUUUCAGAUACUGUUGUUGAGCCUUAUAAUGCAACACUUUCUGUUCAUCAGCUUGUGGAAAAUGCGGAUGAGUGUAUGGUUCUUGAUAAUGAAGCUUUAUAUGAUAUAUGCUUCCGUACCCUUAAGCUCACCACUCCGAGUUUUGGAGAUCUUAACCAUCUAAUUUCUGCCACUAUGAGUGGUGUUACAUGCUGCCUUCGCUUCCCUGGUCAGCUUAACUCUGACCUCCGCAAGCUUGCUGUAAACCUUAUCCCAUUCCCCCGGCUACAUUUCUUCAUGGUUGGAUUUGCACCUCUGACAUCUCGUGGUUCCCAGCAGUACAGAGCCCUCACUGUCCCUGAACUUACUCAGCAAAUGUGGGAUGCCAAGAACAUGAUGUGUGCUGCAGAUCCUCGGCAUGGUCGAUACCUGACAGCAUCGGCUGUGUUUCGUGGUAAGAUGAGCACAAAAGAGGUUGAUGAGCAGAUGAUCAAUGUGCAGAACAAGAACUCGUCGUACUUUGUUGAAUGGAUUCCAAACAAUGUGAAGUCCACUGUUUGUGACAUCCCUCCUAAUGGUUUGAAGAUUGCAUCCACAUUUAUUGGGAACUCUACUUCAAUCCAAGAGAUGUUCAGGAGGGUCAGUGAGCAAUUCACUGCCAUGUUCCGCAGGAAGGCUUUCUUGCAUUGGUACACUGGAGAGGGGAUGGAUGAGAUGGAGUUCACAGAAGCUGAGAGUAACAUGAACGAUUUGGUCUCCGAGUACCAGCAAUACCAGGAUGCAUCUGCAGAUGUUGAGGAGUACGAGGAAGAGGAGGAAUACGGGGAAGAGGCUUAAAAGAGAUGGAAUAUGUUAGCCCCCUUUUCCUGUAGCUUGUCGUAUAUUUGGAUGUUUUUGUUGUGCUUUGGAGGAUUUUUGUGCAUGUGGAAUCUGUUGAUGCAAUCUGGCAUUUUCUCAUUCCGGUGAUUUGAUCACUUUACUGUUAAAUUUUUCUCAACUCUUUACAGUCUCGCAAUUUACAGAGUACUUGGUUGUAUUACACGCU